GGUGCUGUUUUCGGCCCGUCAAGCAAGGGGAUAUCUUGACAACAUAACAGCAAUUGGGCCCAGAACAGUUGGAAGUCCAGAAAAUGAAGUUCUUGCGGUUAAUUACCUCUUAGAACAAAUUAGGGCAAUAGAAAGAGAAAGAACAGAUGCUCACAAGAUAUCUGUAGACAUACAGAGGCCCACAGGCUCCUUCAGUAUUGACUUUUUAGGAGGCUUUACUAGUUACUAUGCAAACAUAACCAAUGUUGUAGUGAAGCUGGAACCCCGAAAUGGAGCUGAGCAUGCAGUGUUAUCCAAUUGUCACUUUGAUUCCGUACCAAAUACCCCGGGUGCCAGUGAUGAUGCCGUUAGCUGCGCAGUGAUGCUUGAAAUACUUAACAUACUUUCAAAAUCAUCAGAGCCCCUGCAACAUGCUAUCAUAUUCUUAUUCAAUGGUGCAGAAGAAAAUAUUUUGCAGGCUAGUCACGGCUUCAUUACACAACAUGAGUGGGCCAAGUCAAUUAGAGCUUUUAUUAACCUGGAGGCAGCAGGUGUAGGAGGAAGAGAACUUGUUUUUCAAACAGGACCUGAGAAUCCUUGGUUGGUACAAGCAUAUGUAAUUGCAGCCAAACAUCCAUUUGCCUCUGUGGUAGCACAGGAAGUAUUUCAGAGUGGUAUUAUCCCAGCAGAUACAGACUUCCGUAUCUACAGGGACUUUGGCAACAUUCCAGGAAUAGAUCUGGCUUUUAUUGAAAAUGGCUACAUUUAUCAUACAGAAUAUGACACAUCAGACAGAAUUUUAGCAGAUUCCAUUCAGAGAGCAGGCGACAAUAUUCUAGCAGUCCUGAAAUAUCUAGCAACAUCAGAUAAGUUGGCUAAAUCCUUUGAGUAUCGACAUGGAAAUGUUGUGUUCUUUGAUGUACUUGGCUUAUUUGUCCUGGCUUAUCCUGCUCGUGUUGGCACUAUCAUGAACUAUAUUACAGCAGUUACUGCUUUUUUUUAUCUAAGCAAGAAAGUAAUACAGCCCAAAACCAGAGAUAUUCAUACCCUGAAGAAAUUCUUUACUGCAUUUGGCAUAACACUGAUAAGCUGGAUCUGCACACUGGUGACGGUCCUUAUGGUGGCAGUGUUUGUCUCUGUCAUUGGACGGUCUCUUUCUUGGUACACCCAUUUCUAUGUUUCUGUGUUUCUGUAUGGCACUGCGGCUGCAGCUAGUCUCAUUCUUGUGCAUACACUAGCCAAGAAGUUCUUCUACAAGAAUAUGAAUGAGCAGUACCUGGGAGAUCUUUUUUUUGAUACCUCACUGAUGAUUUGGUCUGUAGCAUUGGCUAUGAUUACUCAGAUGGGCCUUUGUUCUGCAUUCGUUUGUACAUUAUGGGUAGCAUUUCCUUUACUUGCUAAGCUGAUGAUCCAUAAAGAAUUCAGCCAAAAAGGUGCCACGAUGAAGUUUGUGACAAUGUACAUGCUGGGAAUGUUUGUUCCCUAUGUGUACAUGAUGUAUCUAAGUUGGACUGUGUUUGAAAUGUUUACACCUAUCAUGGGACGAAGUGGUUCAGAAAUUCUGCCAGAUGUGGUGUUGGCAGGAUUUAUUGUGAUCAUGACUAUGAUUCUGUCAUCCUAUUUUAUGAACUUCAUUUACCUUGUCAAAAGCACAAAAACGACGCUAAUAACUUUAACUGCUGUGUUUGUAGUCACUCUGAUUCUCGUUUGUAGUGGAAUCUUCUUUCCUUACAGUUCUGACACUGCUAAUCCAAGGCCCAAGCGAGUCUUUCUCCAGCACACAAGCAGAAGAUUUCAUGAUCUAGACGGAAAUGUGGUUAAAAGUGACUCUGGUAUAUGGAUUAAUGGAUUUGAUUAUAAUGGCAUAUCUCACAUAACUCCCCAUGUGCCUGAAAUCAAUGACACCAUUAGAACUCCAUGUGAGGAGCGGGCACCUUUCUGUGGCCUUCCUUGGAUUCUACCAGUGCAUUUCAUGUUCCGGAAAAACUGGUACCUUCCUGCUCCAGAAAUUGUUCUGAGAAGCCCAGUUCACUUUAAAGUUCUGUCCCGGGAGCUGAUGCCCCAGAACUCCGUGAGGUUAAGCUUUGAAGUAUCUGGUCCCAGUCACAUGUCUCUGUAUGUUCGGCCACACGAGGGCUCAACUCUGUCCACCUGGUCUCUUGGGGACGGUGUGCCGGUUGCUAGCUUAGGAGGAGACUACUUUGUGUUUUACUCCCACGGGCUGCAGGCUACGCCAUGGCACUUCUGGGUAGAGCUGACGGCCCCAGAAAAACAUUCCGAUGGAAUAGUCUCUCUCGCCAUAGCAGCACAUUACUUUUUUGGGGAAGAUCAAAAGUCCCCUCAACUCUAUGACUUACUAGAGAGGUUUCCAAACUGGACAUUUUCUUCUGGUUGGUCCUGCACUUACGACCUGUUUGUCUUUUAA